UCAAUUUUUGAUGCAAGGCGUGAGUAUAAAUGCAUCAACUUUCCUGUCAAAAUUUCCUUUUCACUUCCUUCUAGUACCCAUUUUCUCUCUCCAAUUCAUUUUACUCUGCUCUCUCAUCUUUCACUUUCUCUCUCUAGUUUUCUUGAAUGCUUAUUGUCACUUUGCAUUAGUAAUGGUUUGAAGUUGAACUUUGAACAAACAUUACGUUCAAUAAAGGAAAAAAAAUUCAAGAAAGAAAGGGUUUUUUUCAGUAAUAAAGAAAGGGCCAUUCGAUUUCAAAACCGUGUACAGACAGGAGUACUAAAAGUAGCACGCAAUCUGAAAUGGUGCGUAUUGAUUCUUGAAGAAGAUUGCGAUAGGGUUUCCUACUCUUUUGGGGGUGGCUUUUUACUCUGAAAGAAAAGAUGGAUAUUGCUGGUAAGGAUGCUACCAUUGAGCCAGAAAAGGGGAAUGAGAAUCCUGUAAACUACUGUGCUACUAACAUGUCUUCAGACUGGCCUUUAAAUGACAAUUAUCUUCCGAAUACAUCAGUGGGAAUGAUUCCGAGAGGCAAUUCAAUUAUGGAGUCUUCUGCUUGUUCCUCUGCCCCAAUGGUGGAUUCAUUUUGUCCUCUAAUUUGGGAUCAGCCUGUAAGUGAACAGAAUCGAGGCUAUUGUCAUGUGAAUAUUCAAAAUAAUGCUAGGACUUCAGAUAGUUUCGGUCCAAGUGCUGGUACAGGAUGGAUUCCUGAUACAAUGUUAAGGGAUGAUAUGUUUUUGCCUACCGUUCAAGGGAUGGUUCCUCAGAGCUUGCCUCAGUUACCGUCUGAUUCAGGUUUUAUUGAAAGAGCAGCGAGAUUUUCGUGUUUCAGCGGAGGGAAUUUUGGUGAUAUGAUGAAUCCAUUUAGCGUUCCUGAAUAUUUGAAUUCUUAUUCUGGUAUGUUAGCAUCAGUUCAAGGGCAACAUGAGGUGUUUGCCGGUGAUGGAACAAAAUUGAACACGACUGAAAGUUCCAAGGAGGCAUCGCUACCUUUGGUGUAUGGAACUGAAGGAAGCCCACUCAAGAAUGAGAAAAUGAGGGAAUGUUUGCCUUGCUCUCGUGAAGAAGCUCAACAAGGAGUUUGUACAUUGGCUAAUGAUUCCGAUGAGGCUGAAUUUAGCAGCAGAGGUGAUCAGGAAGAGUUGGAGGGUUCGCCCAGGGAGUCUUCCGGUAAAGGAGUUGAAUCUAAGAAGAGGAAGGGAACCGAACAGAGUACGGCACUUAAUGUAAACAAUCGAGCCCUAAAACCAUCAGCCAAGACAGCAAAGGAUGAUGCUGAAAUUCAAAAUAAGGAUGAUCUGAAUCCAACUACAAGUAAACCUUCUGGAAAACAUGGUAAGAAGGGAUUGCAAUGGCCAGAUCUGCCCAAGGAAGAAUACAUACGUGUUCGAGCACGUAGAGGCCAGGCAACAAAUAGCCAUAGUCUUGCAGAAAGGCUAAGGAGGGAGAGGAUUAGUGAAAGGAUGAAAUUUCUUCAGGAUCUUGUGCCUGGUUGCAGCAAGAUUACGGGAAAAGCAGUUAUGUUGGAUGAAAUCAUCAAUUAUGUACAAUCACUGCAACGACAGGUUGAGUUCCUCUCAAUGAAGCUUGCAACAGUAAAUCCAUGGCUGAACUUCAGUAUUGAAGGGCUCCUUACCAAAGAUAUCUUUCAGUCACGGAUUGGUUCAUCAUCUUCAUUGGGUUUUCCACCUGAUGUGACCAUACCUUAUCCUCCACCGCAUCAAACACCACCUGGACUGAUUCAACCUGAUCUUUCGAGCUUGGCAAACUCUUCAAAUGCACUUCGGAGAUCUAUCAACUCCCCAUUUACUCCUGCCUUUAGAGAGUCCACAUCUCAAGCACCGAGCAUGUGGGAGGAUGAGCUUCAUAACGUUGUUCAGAUGGGCAUAAGCUCGAGCGCUCAUCUUAGUAGCCAAGAUUUAAGUGGUUCUUUGCCUCCACGCCACAUUAAAGCCGAACCAUGAUAGCUGUGUAUUCUGAGGAUGCCUGAGCAUAUAAAUUUAUUCACGACAUAAUAAUGGGAAAUCUCGUAGUCCUCCUAUAAGAGCUUGUCCCGGUUAAGACAUGUUACAGCUUACCACCGUAAGUUUGAAGUUUCAGCUUACAGGCCCCUGAAUUUGUUCUGAGUAUGAUACUCGAUGUAAUUGACAGUAUACAUACUGGUAUGCAACAUCUGAAUCGGUUCAAUAUAAUAGUUCAGAGAAGUGCAAUUAAGGAAGAUUUACCUUCACAUA